GAUGGGACAAGUGCCAACUAUUCAACCCACCCCUCGGUUGACAUGUUGAGGCCUAUUUUAGAGGACGAGAGAUCAAGGGAGGUUGAUCACAAGUUGCAACAGUUAGAAAAGGCUUUGAAAGCGAUGCAAGGGCCACAAUCUUAUGGUUCUAUUGAUUUAGAUGAUCUCUGCUACUCUCCAGGAAUCCAGACGAAUUUCAAGUUCAAACAGUCGGAUUUUGACAAGUAUGAUGGCUCAGGUUGUCCUUAUGCCCACCUACAGAUGUACGCCAGGAAAAUGGCACCUUAUGCCAAUGAUGAAAGGCUCCUACAAGGGAUAGCUUGCAGAGAGUCACCAAGAAGAGUAACGAGACCUUCAAGGAAUUUGCUCAACGGUGAAGAUCCGAAGCAACUAAGGUCAUUCCACCUCUCACCGACAGUGAAAUCUACUCCCUCUUUAUCAAGUCGACUACCAAGACUUUGCAUGCAUGUGGGUCAUAGUAUUAAACAUUGUACAGCUCUGAAGCAUAACAUUCAAGAUCUCAUCGAUGAGGGUAAACUUCAACUUGAUGCUAAAGAAGCAGAGAGCACUCCGAACAUCACUCGAAAUCCUUUACCCCCUCAUGAUGCAGGCACAAUGACUAUUGUCGCCCUUGAUGAAGUUGAAAAGCCCAUGUUGGAGAAUGCCAGUUUUUGGUCUCUUGAUGAAUUGUUUGCCACUUUGACAAAGUAUGAUUUGAUUCAACCGAUUGCGCAAAUGAGCUUGAAUGUUUCACCUGCAAUGAUUGAUGAUGCCUUGGUGUGUCCUUACCCCUCCAAUAUGAAGGGGCAUACUUUGCAAGAUUGUGAAGAUUUUCAAAGAAAGGUUAAAGAGUUGCAAGUAAUGGGAUCUUUGAAGUUUAUGUCUGCUCAAGAGUCAGAAAAAUGCAUAGCACAGUUUAAGGAAGUGGUUGAGGAUGAUAUUACUGAUGAAGUCUAUUCUUAUGAUGAGGAAGACUAUUUUGGCUUCAACAACCUCUUUGGGUUAGCCAACAUGACAAAUCUUAAGGAAAGGUAGAAGAGGAUGCUUAUUGCAAGGGUAUCCAUGGAGAAGCACCACAACUUCCAUCUUGUUCAUCAUGCGAAAGCUCCAAUGGGUUCACAUGAGUCUAUGCUUCUUGGAACAAGGGAAAAAGAAUCACUAUGUGACUCAUGGAGAAAUUUGAUUAUAAAUGCUUUAGAUGAGG